CUCCCGCCACCACAAAGACAGGCACUGAAUUAACGCAAGACGACGACAAAUUCGAUAAUUCUUAUGGAAAUGCACACUGUCGGAUCUAACAAACAGCACACUCACCCGAAUGUCUUGCAACAAGCUUAAACCUCACUUUCUUAUCCUCUGAAAGGACGGAUUCUCGUUAAAACCGCCACUUUGCACCCACUACAAACGAAGAGCUGCCAACGCAGCUCACCUUCAAAACGUCUUCCACAAAGAAACGAAAGAUCGAUAAGGACGAGCUCGUGCAUUCUAAUCACACAUCGGAGAUUCCUUUUGCAUCGAUCGAGGACCAGGAAAUUUCUCGGCGCUCACAAACCCCACCACGAUCCGACCUAUCCAACCAGAGCGACAGCCAACGGGGCCUCCCUCGCCACAUACCACCGCACAUUCAUAACGAAGCCUCGUUCUCAGCUCAGGAUAAUAUCCCUUCCGCAGCAAGCUCCCCGAGCGCUGCGUACUCUGGGUUGUCAAUCGAGGGUGAACGAGGCGGGGAAACCGGAGUUGGAGGUGGACCCCAAAACUCUGGAAGUCAAGGAAAUCGAAGCCAGUCGCCGAAUAAGUCGUUUAUACAAAGGGCUAUGAUGGGAGGCGCUGCAGAUAUUCCACUCCGGUCGUCGUCGCCGCUCAAGCGACCGGCUUCAGAGCUGGAGCAAGAGAACCCCGCGAAAGAUAAGGAGGAUGUCGAUAUGGAGGGUAUAGAAAUCUCGAAAGAGGUCCCAGAUAGCUCGAAUCAAGGCCCCGACGCGAAUGGAAACGGAGAAACUCAAAUAUCACAACUUCAAGAGCCUGCAAGCCAAGAUACAGAUACAUGUCUGCCCGAGGCUGAUGGUGAGAUGUCGGAAGAUGUUCCUCCCAUCGAUGAGCAGAUAAGACGGGUCAAAGAAUUACACGAGGCUUUUGAAAGCCAACCUCUCACCCCCGGCACAAAAACUUAUAUUAUAUCAAACACUUGGUUGGACAACGUCCAAGCUCACGCAUCCGGCGCUAAACUGUCAAAUGCGGAGCCAGUCGGCCCUGUCGACAACGCAGAUAUUGUCUACGAGAUUCUAACGGAUCAGAAUCAGCAGCCAUUUGCCAGGUUAAAGCACGAAGUUGUAGGCGGCUCGGUCGCCUACUUCCCCGAAGCGGCAUGGAAUUUGGUGGUACAGUGGCAUGGCCUGAAGGCUGGCCAGGUGCCUAUCAUAAGGCAAGCCGUGGAUACUAGCAUGGAUCCUGAAGUGCCGAACGUGCAAUUUGAACUUCAUCCUGUCGUGUUCAAGAUCCAUAGGCUUUGGGCAGUUAGCAGCCCGUUGCCUAUUUCACAGAUUUUGAAGGCGAAGAAUCCACCCGCGCCCAUUUUCAUUAUGAGCCGCAACGACAGAUUCCAGGACUUUCUUAAGAGCAUUAAGAAAUCCGCCAACAUCGAAACCCAGCAGACGGUGCGAGUUUGGACCGUACCCAUCUUCUCUGACGAAAAGACAGCGGCGGCUGCACCUGCCGGCGGUGCAUCACCCCCUCUAUCAAGAGCCGGCACACCGGCUCCAGACGCCAAGUCUGCAGAAGAUUGGACAAAACUACUUGUGGAGGCCGCGACAUUUAAUGGCCUGACACGAGGUGCACAGCGAGAGAUAGUGGACACCAAAGACUACACAAACGACCCGAAAUAUAAUGGCCGUUCGACGAUUGCCAUGACUGGGUUGGGCAAGGACCAAGCCCUUGUUCUAGAUGAGCUUAUCGAGGGUAAUACGUACUUAGCCACUUAUGCCCAAAAGGUUGCCAAGCAGGGAACUAAAGGCAUUGCCACCGGUUCAGCAAAUACGAAUCGGGCUACAGCAGUAUCAAGACCUGACAGUGGACGAAGCAGCCCCGCUCCCUCGGUGCCAAUGACGCGUGGGCGCGUGCAGAAAUCUUCUGGCAAGACAGUGGGCACAGUUGGGCUGGCCAACCUCGGGAACACCUGCUACAUGAACUCCGCCCUCCAGUGCAUCCGUAGUGUCGAGGAAUUGACCAAAUACUUUUUGGCAGAUGAAGCCGAAAAGGAGCUCAAUACUGAAAACCCGCUUGGCAAAGGCGGCAAUGUGGCUCUUGUAUACAACGCACUUUUAAGAGAGCUCUACAAAGAGCCCCCACCUUCGUCAAUUACUCCCCGGCAAUUCAAAAACACGUUCGGGAGGUACUUUGGCUCGUUCUCUGGAUAUGGCCAGCAGGAUUCACAGGAGUUUCUGGGCAUUCUUCUGGAUGCUUUGCAGGAAGACUUGAACCGUGUCAAGAAGAAGCCGUACAUAGAGAAGCCAGAUUCAACAGAUGAAAUGGUCGACAAUCCAGCUGCGCUGAAGAAAAUGGCUAAAGAAGUUUGGGAUAUCACGAAGAGGCGCGACGACUCUGUUAUUGGAGACCUUUUCACGGGGAUGUACAAAUCCACACUCGUUUGUCCAGACUGCGCCAAAGUAAGCAUAACGUUUGACCCGUUCAGCACUGUUACUAUGCAGUUGCCCAUUGAGAGUACUUGGGGCCAUGAGGUGUUCUUUUUCCCUUUGAACGAUAAGCCAGUCAGGGUUGCAGUGGACAUGGACAAACAGGGCAGCAUAAAAGGGCUGAAGACGUUCGUCAGCAGCAGAGUUGAUGUUCCCGUCGAACGGCUUUUCAUCGCAGAGGAAUUCAACAAUCAAAUAUACAGGAUUCUUGAGGACACAAAGUCAGUAUCGGAGGACAUCCAAGCCAACGACCGCAUCAUGGUUUUCGAGCUUGAGGCAGUACCAACAAAUUGGCCGCCUGUGCGAAAGCCCAAACAAAAGACUAGGUCAAUGCUUAACGUAAGCUACUCGUAUCAAGACGAUGACGAGGGAGAUAUUCCGAGCUGGGAUUCGCCUAGAGCAGAACGAAUGAUCGUGCCGGUUAUUUCGCGGCGACAAAAUCCCAACCCAACCCGAUUUGGCAAACCGCUUAUGCAUGCCUAUGCGCCGUUUUUUAUAACGUUGACUCCAGAAGAGGCUCGCAGUGAGGACAUCAUUCAACGGAAGAUUCUUGAACGAGUUGCCAAUCUUACCACUUAUAACAUGAGCGGUUAUGAAACUGAUGACGACCAAAGCGCAGAACAAGACAUCGUUAUAACUACUGCCUCGGAUACGUCAUCUGGAGACGGUAAAGUUGUGGCUACUUCGAUCGAUGGCGAGGAUGAUGUAGUCGACGUCACUGUAACAGAGCAAAACAAUAGACCGGCAGAAGUAGAUGGUCAGAAAGAUUCCAAUCCAAGAAAGCGAAAAUUCCAAUCAAGGCGGCCAAAGUGGAUUGAUCCCGAGCAGUUCCUCCCUUCCGAAUACAACAAUCUUUUCGAGUUAAGCUAUUUCUCGAGCAAAAAAGAAGUUGUUCCCACGGGAUGGGGUGUGGUGGACGAGGAGAAGUUAUAUCCACGGCUCUCCAGUCGGAUUCCUGUUGUCCAGGACGCUGUUGAAGUCGAUGAUGAGGCAUCUGACGGGUUUGCUUCCAAUAACCCCCAACGAUCUGAUGGCGAAAGUAGUGAAGACGAUAUUGGCGACAUCCCACAAUUGGCACCGACACGAAUGAACGAGGAAUCAAGUGACGAUGAUGAUUUGGCGCCGAAUACAAGGGUUUUGCCUGUUCGCCCAAUCGCCCAACACGCCGUGUAUAAAGUAGGUCAAAUGAAAGCCUUCAGACGUGGCAUCAGGACUUACUCAAGAAAGGGUAACAAGCGUACACCGCAGAGGGCACGCAUGUCCAGCGAGGAAGUCGAGGAAGACGCCAAUCCGGGACCUCUCGUUCGACUUGGGGAAGGCAUCGUUGUCGACUGGUAUCAAGACCCUUUCGCAACAUUAUUUGAAGGUGACCAAGAAGAUACGAUGCGUGGCCGGGAGUGCUGGUCCAGUGUCGGUCUGCUGGAAGACCCAGUCCUUGAGGCCAAGCGCAAGUCUCGCCUACGCCGCCGCUCAAAGGGGUUGUCCCUUGAUGAGUGCCUGGAUGAGUUUGGAAAAGAGGAGAUCUUGUCCGAGAUGGACACAUGGUACUGUCCGAGGUGUAAGGAGCAUAGGCGAGCCAGCAAGAAACUCGAGUUGUGGAGGACGCCGGAUAUCAUGGUAUUCCACCUGAAGCGUUUCAGCUCCACUGCUAUGCGCCGAGACAAGCUGGAUAUCCAAGUCACUUUCCCCAUUGAUGGCCUGGAUAUGAGCACAAGAGUUCUUGAGAGCGAAGAUGGCAAGAAAGAUAUUUAUGAUCUAUUUGCUGUUGACAACCAUUACGGUAGUCUUGGUGGUGGACAUUACACCGCGUAUGCCAAGUCUUUCGUCGACGGCGCGUGGUAUGAUUAUAAUGACUCCGCCGUCAGCAAGCUGAAAGACCCUUCGCACGUGAUUUCAAGCGCAGCAUACCUCCUUUUCUACCGCCGUCGCUCAGACCGGCCCCUCGGCGGCCCGCGCUUCGAAGAGAUCCUCGCGCGCUUCGACAACCCCCCUGCCACCUCCGAAGAUGAGUCCAGCGGCUCGGGGGAAGGCCAGCGUCUCGGCGCGGACUCCUCCCUUCGUGGGUCGCCGAGCGCUUUGACCGGAGUAGAAGCAACUCGCCAGGCAGGGCAUGGUUCGGUCACUGGAACCACAGCGGGCACAACAGUAGCGACGAGAAGCGUGACUAAUACUAGCAUCGUCCCGCCGUCAGCUAUUGAUAGCCCUCCUGAUUAUAAGGACGCGCUCGAGGAUGACGGCGCGCCGCUCCUUGAGAGAGACGCUAUCAUGAACGACGGCAUCGAGAUGCGCGAUGCGUCGGGCGACGAGGCUAUCGACCUUGGAUCAGCAUACGAUGGGGACUUCCCUGGCGCGCGCGUAGGCGGUAUGGAGCCGAACUGGAACUUCUCCGCCCUCGCCCAGCCCUACUCGCACAACAAUUACCCCGCGAGCGCGACAUCCGUCGAGCUUGGGUCAGUGGGAGCUCGUAGCGACGAUGUGCAGCAUGAUAGCUCUGCGUCGGAGGGGUCGAUGGCGGGCCGCCUAGCGGACUUUGAUGCGGCGGACGUCGAUGAGGAUUAUGUUGACCAGGACCCUGUGCCGGAUCUCGAUGAGGACCAGGUCGAUCUGCUCAGUUUACAUGGGGAGCUUGGAGAUAUGCAGGCGAGGAGGAGGUAUGAGGAGGUUGUGCCUGAGGUGCCGGGGAGUGAGGGCGAGGCGGCGGAGAUACACGUUCACGAGGGGGAGGGCGUCAAUUGAGCAUGUAUAGGUUUGCAAGGAGUGAGCUUGAGAGGUACCCGCCGCGUCGGCAUGUCGUCGACAUUCGUUUACGACAUCCCGAGAGACCCUCAUCUAUGUUGGGUAGUUGAGAAGGAGGGUCAUCUUGGAAGGCGGGAUGGGCGGGUACGACGGGGGUAGAUACUGGACACGAAAUCAAAGAGAGCACGCGUAUAUGAGGGACGAGGCUCUUCUAGAACGGGGAAAAAGAGGGCGCCGGGAGAGUUGCAUACGUGGAGUUCUGCGAAAACCGCAACUCUUUCCCACCAUACAGUUGCAACUGCCCAUAAUGAAAUAGAGCAAAUGAAAAAAACACCGACGUCUGCCUUACAUACCUCCAACUCCGUUAUUUUUCCUCUUGGAAAUCGCUUCCCAUGACACCCUUGUCGGCCGUGUGUGCCCACAUUUGAUCCUUUCCCCACACCCCUGUACCAUAAACCCUAACGCCCGCACCCCAUCUGUAAUAUAAUUCCCCACGCCCGACCGCUGGAUAACUCACUACCCUUUGUAGCUCAGUUGGAUUAGAGCAUCGGACUGUAAUUGCAAAAACACACACCUCAUCCGGGGGCCCCCGGUUCGAUUCCGGGCGAAGGGACUUAAACUCUUCGGAGAGAUGAACUCUCUCCAUUGUGGACCUCAUAUUUUUUUUUGUUUUUGGCGGGGUAAAAAGAAGUCGAGUGUUUUUUUUAGUGGGGGAGAACCGAGGAACAGAGGCAGGACUACUGGGCAGUAAGAUACCCGUGAGGCGCAACUGAGGGGUGAGAGAACGGAAGGCCAGCAAGUCUGUUGUAAUCGACAGCGCUGUCCCUAAAUACCAAAUAUGACUAUGCUUGUCUCUAGCUUAUAGGUUGAAGCUAUAGACUACUAUAGAAUCUCAGUCGGCAGUUUCAGCAGCUCCUAAAUGACGGACGAAUCACAAAGGAGCCGUCAAGAAUGGUACAAUGGGCUGGGACUGUCUUGGUCCGGAGAUUGAUUACUAUCCUAUUUCAGGAAGCAAUUGAUGAAGGAUCCCGAAACUAGGAUAAGACUAUCAUGAAGCAACCGACAGCAAGAGAGCAGCCGGUAGCAAGAGAGCAACCGACAGCAAGAGCAGCCACCAACGCUACUGCCUCCAUCUGUAACUGGCGAUGGCACCGGCCAACGGCUUAAAGUUCCGUUGAGUGGUUCCACCACAUCUCUAACUGAACCACGAUUGAACCCUCAUCUCUAAAUGUAAAGAAAUGGGAAGGAUGAUCCUUGUCCCACUUGUCAAACUUCAGUGCUCGGCUGCGUUGAUAAUUGGAGUCCAUAGCCCCCUAUAAUUUGUGAGCCCCCCUUCUUUCUAUCUUAAAUCCUUAGGGGAAGUUUAUGUAAGGUGGACGGAGUAUGAGGGAUAUAAUGGCUUUUGAGGAUUCUGACGGCCGGGGUGUCAGUUGCUUCUCACUUUUUAUAUAGGCUUAAUGAUGAAAUCAAAUAAGUUUGUAUAUUAUCGUUUUGGUAUAUAGCUUCUACAAUUAUCUCAGCAAGUUCCCU